AUGAACUACUGGGCAUUUAACAUUAUUCGGGAGUUUGACGGGGCAUUCUUGGGUUGGCAAAAGAGCGAGGGAGAGGGUGACUACCAAACUGAGAUCAUAAGUAAUAGGGCUGACCUCAUCAUGUGGCAACACCAUCAAAAGGCCAUGAAGUCAAAAGGCUUAACAAAAUUAAAUUUACUCCUCCGGAGACUGAUGGAGACCAGGCUGAGAGCACAGUUAAAGCUCAGUGGUCUUUACCGAUCAGCUUCAAUUAUAUGGAUCUGGUUCUGA